UUGAAUUCGUUGCUGCUGUUAAUAAUAAUGUUCCUUUAUCAAAUGAAGAGCACGAAUGGAAGCUCCACCCAUGUUUCAGAGUCACAUAAACCAGUGGCGCACGCACACUUGAUGAUUCCAACCUGCGCUCACUCACACUCUGCACCUCUGACUUUGGAAGUGGUGCAAAGUAGCUACAAUUCCACUUGCACACAGCGGACAGCAAAUUCAGUGGACUUUCAGAAUAUUUGCAUGCGAGCUGAGCUUUUUUGUUUGUUUGUUUGUUUGUUUGUUUUGUUUUGUCACAUACCUCCACGUCUGGCCGAGAGGAUGUCAGCGGGAAUCAACGACAGCGAGCAGGCGGAGCCGAGAGACGAGACCCUGGCCAGGGUGGAGAUCACUCUGCUGGGCAUCAUCUUCUUCAGCGCCGCCGUCCUGAACGGCGUCCUGGUCCUGGUCCUGUGGCGGCAGCGCAAGCACGUGAGCCGGAUGCGCGUCUUCGUCUUCCACCUGGCCCUGGCCGACCUAGUGGUCACUUUCUUCCAGGUGUGCCCGCAGCUCAUGUGGGACAUCACGGACAGGUUCGUUGGGCCGGACCUGGUCUGCCGCCUGGUGAAGUACCUGCAGGUUCUGGGCAUGUUCUCGUCCACCUACAUGAUCGUGGCCAUGACGGUGGACCGGUACCAGGCGGUGUGCAACCCCAUGGUCAAGUUCCAGCGGACGCAGCGGCGCGUGAACGCGGCCGUGUGCGCGGCGUGGGGGGUGUCCCUGGUGGGCAGCCUGCCCCAAGUGUUCAUCUUCUCCCAGGUGGAGGUGGCGCCCGGCGUGUUCGACUGCUGGGCCAAGUUCGUCCAGCCGUGGGGGCUCAAGACCUACAUCACGUGGACCACCGCGGUCAUCUUCGUGGUGCCCGUCAUCACGCUCGUCUUCUGCCAAGUGCGCAUCUGCAGGGCCAUCCAACAGAACCUGCACCGGAAGGCGCAGCGCGGCGUGGCCGGCGCGCUGCCCCGCAGAGCCAACGGCGUGGCCGGCAUGUCCAAAGCCAGAGUGAAGACCCUCAAGAUGACCGUGGUCAUUGUGCUGGCCUACGUGGUGUGCUGGUCCCCCUUCUUCACCGUCCAACUGUGGUCCGCGUGGGACACCGACGCACCCAAAGAAAGUGCCACCUUCACCAUCCUGAUGUUGCUGGCCAGUCUCAACAGCUGCGCCAACCCCCUCAUCUACCUCCUCUUCAGCGGUCCGCUUCCUCUGAGGCUCCUAAAGCCAGUUUGCCAGCGGCGCUCCUUCACCAAGGACUCCACGCACGAUGAGGUCAGCACCUUCUACACCAGUUUUAAAAAUCUCACAAAUGACAAUUGAAGGAAGGGUGGAGGGGGCAGGCGGUGAGGUGAGGCAGGCGGUGUUGACGCCUGCUGCGUGCCGUACAGAUCCUAAUCCUCCAGGGUCUCUAGACUGGAAAGAUAUCAUUUGUCAGUGACACAAGAUAUGUUAAAUAUGGCAGAAGUGUGUUCCAGAUGCAGGAUGUUGGACAAUAACAAACCCAAGAAGAGGGGGACUGUGUCUGAGUGAGGUGCCAGAAAAAAGAAAAAGUCUACAUAAGAGUAAUGUUCCAUUCCAUUGUGUUGGUGUCACUUGAGUAGUAGAACAUUGACCAGACAACUGCACAAUGAAGAACCGAUACAGUGGUCCCUUGAGAUUCAAGAAACACUCGUAUCUUAAAUAAUCUUUCCCAAUUGAAAUGAAUGGAAACGCUAAUAAUCCAUUCUAGCCUGCCCCCCCCAAAAAACAACAAAACUGUUUGUAAUGUGCUUUCUAAUAAGAAAAAUAGCACUCCAUAAUAUUGCACUAUAAUAAAAACAUUGAACGUAAAGUAUUAAACACUGCAUCGACAAAAAUUCAUUGCGUCUCCUUCUGUUGUGCAACCUGGCCAACCGGGUGCAGUUCAAUACAGUCAUACGGAAACAAACGAAGAGUAUCGCAACUACAAUAGGUGACUCAGUAAGCUGCAGUAAUAGUUGGUGGAGUAUUGUUAAAUUGUCUGUCUACAUGUGUUGCUUCACAGUUUGCGUUCAAAUAUCCAUUGCUUUAAGUGUUACAACACUGUCAUAUAAAUGCUAUUCGUUAGACCGACUAUGGUGUUUUGCAAUGUUUGCUAGCAUUAAGCAAAGCGGAUUUAUGGAUAAAUUAUGUGGUUGUAUUAGAUACACAAAGUGUAAUUGUCUGUUUUAUGUUUAGUUUGACAGUAAAUUUCAACUGAGAGUGGCAUUAAACGUCGAGAAGCCUCUUUUUUAAAGACUUGUUCACUAUCUGCCAAACCUGUUGUGAAGUAAGUUUGAGCUCACUGCCACCAUACAGUGUUGUCAAAUUUUUGCUUGCAAUUCAAUGCAAAAAAAAAAAAAAAUCAUCCGAACAACUGCUCUUAUCUUGAAAUAUUUCUAAGUAGAGUCACUUGUAUCUCAAGGCACCACUGUCCUGUGCAUUUAUUCCAAGACACAGUCAAUCAAGCAUGAGUACCAUUAUCGAGAAGCUGCAUUUUUGAGUACUUGAUUAUUGAACCUAUUACAUGUAGUGUCUCAUGAGAGGUGGGCUUAGGUAGCCCUAAGCAUGAUUUAUUUUAUAUUUAAUACAGAACAGCGAUUAAACUAUGAAAUUAGCAUGAAUGAAUAAAAUGCUCUCAUAAACCUUAUAAUGUUGGUUUUGGAGUCCUUUCUUUGUAUGACUGUCACCAGGGUUUGAGAGAGUCCACAAUUUUAUGAUUAUUUCAGUCACUAAAUUACAAGUACACAAGGCCUCAACAGCCAUUUUGUUAUUCGUGUACAUUUUGAUCAUCUAGUCUGAGCAAUGCAGCUACAGUGGAUAUAAAAAGUCGACACACUCUGUUCAAAUGCCAAGUUUUUGUGAUACAGACAAUUAUGGCCAAGAUAAAUCAUCAAAAGAUUCACCAUUAAAUGUGACCUAUGACCUAUACAAAACAACAGAUUUGAAAAAAAAAUAUUUUCGAGGGAAUGUGGCUGCUCAGAAUUAACUAAUCACUUUCAAACACGGUAAACUGUAGUCAG